AUGAGCGCCGAAGAGAUGAAGACCCCUGCUGCAUAUGUCGGCAUCGACAAGACGUGUGGAAGACCACCGCUCACCUGGCCGCAACUUGCAAGCGGCUGCAUGAUAUCAUCAACCCACGGCUCUAUCAACUGGAUAAAAGAUCUUGCGGGCUCCGCAGUAGAUGUCAGGGACAUCACCCCCAUGGUUCACGACUGUCGGGAAAUCUGCCCCGUCUACAAAGAGGCAUACGGUACACGCAUGACGGCCCUGCAAUGGGCAUCAUUCUAUCAUCACGCAGACGCCGUGGAGUUGCUCCUCGACCGGGGCGCCAAUCCGAACAUCCGAACGGGACCGUGGGUCCCUUCGGACACAUACAACCCGAUGUGGUGCGUGCUCGAGAGAAGAAUGUUUGCGCAACAAAACAGCCUUAAUCGUUUCUGGACCACGAUGAAUCCCUUCGUCAAGGCGCAAGUCAAGUGUCUGGUAGAGAACGGCACCAACACCCUCUACUACGUGCUCGAGCAGCCCACAAUCUACGGAGGCAGAUGUAUACGGGCUCCUCGUGGCGAAAAGCGAUAUCGAAGGACCAAAAACGCCUCUCUCUGCGUCGCGAAGCGGCUCGUCGAGGCAGGCGUCUCGCUCAUAACGAAGACGUCUCUCCGGCUGCACGCCCUCCACCAGGCGAGCAGUACUCUGGACCACGAAAUGGCCGCGUACAUUCUGAGUCUCGAGCCCGUUGGCGGAAAGACCGAUCCCGACGUGAGAGACAAGCUCGGAAACACGGCGCUGCACCACGUCGCGAUGUACAUCGAGAGUCAGAUCCUGCUGGGUGCACCCGACAGACGGGAAAAGGUUGAACGAAUCGUGCAACUUCUGCUCAGCCACGGUGCCGACAUCAACGCGGUGAACUCUGCGGGCUACACUCCCCUACGCCUUUGUCUACCGAAUCCAUACGACAUGAGCUUCGAAUGUCGUUUGCAGCGGUACCCAAUGGUGGCUACGUUUGUGGAAAGAGGAGCGGUCAUUCCCUAUGGCCUCGAACGCGGCCGCCCCGUCGUCAGAGUCUCCCCAAACGAGCUCUCCUUCGCCACAGUCGAGUCCUGGAAAGCCAUCUACGGCCACCGCACCGCCGGCGCCUCGACCCCCGUCAAGAGCGAGUUCUACGACAUCUACGGCGCGGGCUUCGCGUCCCUCUGCAUCGGGAGCGAGCGCGACCCGCACAGGCACGCGCAGAUGCGCAAGAUGCUCUCGGCCGCGUUCUCUUCCAAGAACUUGUUGGAUCAGGAAGACAUCAUCAGCCAGGCGGUUGAUCUGUUUGUCCAGCGUCUUGGGGCUGAUGGGGCUCGGGAGGGGGGGCUGAAUAUGACCAAGUGGUUUGAGAUGGUUGCGUUUGACUCGUUGGGGGAGAUGGCUUUUGGGGAGUCGUUUCAUAGUGUGCGAGAUGUAGUUAAGAACUACGAGCAGGGAAGUAUCAGUAAAGAAGAAAUGACGGCUCACGUCUCGACUUUGACCAUCGCUGGAGGAGAGACAACUGCGACCUUCCUCGCCGCAGCAACAUACUACUUGCUGAGGAACCCCGUCUUCUUAUCAAGACUUCAGCAAGAGAUACGAACGAGAUUCUCUUCCUACGACGAGAUAAUUGCUACAGCCGCUCGUCAACUCCCAUACCUGCAAGCUGUAAUCAACGAGGGACUCCGAGUGUAUGCCCCAGGCUCUCAAGGAUUCCCUCGGCUUUCAACCGGAAUGAAGGUGGGAGAUAUCUACGUGCCAGCUGGUGCCGAGGUCUUCACGCAUGCUUGGACACUCACACACAGCGAACAAUACUUCUCCGAGCCGACGAAAUUCAAGCCGGAGCGUUGGCUGGACCUAGAGUCGACUGACGUCAGAGAGGCGAGCCAGCCGUUUUCCAUGGGCCCGCGAGGUUGUCUGGGACAAAACUUCGCGUACAUGGAGAUUAACUUGAUACUGGCUAAGAUGCUGUGGAAGUUUGACCUGGAGCUGGUGAACAAGAGUUUGGACUGGGAGAGGGAAAGCCAACUUCACGUCAUGUGGUGGAAACCUGCACUUAUGGUACACUUCAAGGAGAGAGCGUUGUGA